UUCCGUUCCACACUUCGACUGCUUCGCAAACGUCAGCCAUCUCCACAUACCCCACCUCGAGAAGAAGAAAACCUUCGUGCUAGUCCUGAAAAGAAAGUAUGUGUUGCCACGAGCGAAUACUAUUCCUUGCAUCUCAAAAAAACAAUUUGUUAAUAAGCUUUUCGCUUCUAGAAAAUCGAUUUCGACGUAAUGCUUCCAGCCAUAGACGAAAUUGAUCCAGCCCAUGCGCCAGAGAAUAUCCCUAUUCCCGACGGCUUCCCUGUCAAAGAUGUUCCAGUAUAUUUGAGAGGCGACGGAGACAGCAAAACAAUCUCAAAGGAGGUACUCAUAUCCCAUGCCACCAUCUACGGCAAAAACUCCACAAGAGCACUCACUCCGUACGAAGUUGCCAUCAACGAAGCGUGCGUCAAAUUGGCGUUGCAUAAUCCUGUUUUUCUCGCUGACAAAGGGGCACUUCUUGAACAUGCCAAGAGAAAAUUGUUAAAUGAUGGCUACACGUAUAAGCGCGGACAGUCUCGAUCCAAAUUGAAUCCCAAUUCCCGGUCUGGGGUUUCCUUACGAGAUGCAUUCAAGCAACGUCGAAACGAGACAGCCGAAAAACUAUCGCUUGAUAGAAAGCAGCGAUUGGCAGAGUUGGAGGAAAAGCUUAGCGAAUCCGUCACUUCUCGACGACAAGCUGAAGCACUCGUCAAAAUCCGAGCAAAGGAGAAGAAUGGAACGGGAUUACAGCAAGCGAAACGAAUCCUUGAAGCGAUCGUCAAGGAAAAGUCUAAGAUAGGUAGAGAAAUAAGUGUGCUCAAGGCACAAGAACGAAAACAUCAAUGGUAUGAAAAGCAAAAGGCGAAGAAGAGGACGGACUCCGGUUUUGGUGAAGCAUCCUUCUUUGGAGAAGGCGAACAGCCAUCUAACGGCCAUAAAAGUGAUGUCAGUGAUGCUGGUUCACGACACGAAGAGGAGAGUAUGCAAUCUCAAGACUCCGCUAUAGCAGACUGCUCGCAACCGCUUGGUCAAGACUCUUCGCAAGGGCAAGAUUCGUUGCAUAUCAGUGACUCCAAUGACUAUCAACAGAGUGCACUGGAAGCGUUAUCGCUUGCCGCUAUUGCGGCUGCAGCUGCUGAGAAGAGUGCAUUAGGCGGUGUUGAAACUCGGUCGAGGAAAAAGUUGCGAUCCAUUUAUGACGAUGCUUAUGCACAAAUGUAAAAUAGCCUCCCAUACCACAAGAAAUAGGGGCGCACAGCAAAGUUAAUAUCGAUGAACACGAAAAUUACACAUCCGACCCUCUCAUUAAGCUCCAACCAAGCAAGCCAAAACCUCUUCCACCAACUUCACUACUUGUAGAUAGCAUGGCAUACUGAACAUAGUAGUACUAGACGUACCUCAGUUUGCCCUCGCGCUUUUUUAUUGUU